AUGGGGCCGGGGCUGCUGUUCCCUCUGCUGCUGCUCCGGGCUCUGGGGGCCCCGGGGUCUGAGCUGGACGCCGGGGGGCGGCACGUCUGCAAGGCCAGCAGCCCCUCUGCUGAGCUCCAGUGCUGCCCAGGCUGGAGGCAGAAAGAUCGAGAAUGCACCAUCCCCAUCUGCGAGGGGCUGGAUGCCUGCCGGGAAGACGAGGUAUGUGUGAAACCAGGCCUCUGUCGAUGCAAACCUGGAUUCUUCGGAGCCCAGUGCAACUCCCGCUGCCCGGGCCAGUACUGGGGCCCCGACUGCAGGGAGGUCUGCACCUGCCACCCACACGGCCAGUGCGAACCGGCCACCGGCGUGUGCCACUGCCAACCCGACCGCUGGGGCGACCGCUGCGAGUUCCCGUGCGCCUGCGGUCCCCACGGCCGCUGCAACCCCGAGACCGGCACGUGCCGCUGCGAGCCCGGUUGGUGGUCGCCCGCGUGCCGCCGCCCGUGCCAGUGCAACCCCGCGGCGGCGCGGUGCGAUCAGGCCACCGGCUCCUGCCUGUGCGAGCCGGGCUGGUGGGGCCGCCGCUGCAGCUUCCGCUGCGCCUGCCACGGCUCGCCGUGCGCUCAGGAGUCGGGCCGCUGCGCCUGCCGGCCGGGCUGGUGGGGCCCCGAGUGCCGGCAGCCGUGCGAGUGCGUGCGCGGCCGCUGCAGCGCCGCCUCCGGCCAGUGCGCCUGCCCGCCCGGCUUCCGCGGCGUGCGCUGCGAGCUGUCCUGCCCCGCCGGCCGUUAUGGGCUCCAGUGCAGCGAGAGCUGUGGCCACUGCAAGCAGAAUAAGCCAUGCUCUGCAGACACAGGCAACUGCGAGGCCUGCGAGCCGGGCUGGAACGGGACCCAGUGCCACCAGCCCUGCCCUCCUGGCACCUUUGGCGAGAACUGCAGGCAGCAGUGCCCCCGCUGCCGGCUUGGGGAGGCCUGUCAGCCAGACACCGGGCACUGUCAGCGCUGUGAGCCUGGCUGGCAGGGGCCCAGGUGCGAAGACCCCUGCCUGAUUGGCACCUUUGGGGAGGGUUGCAGCUCUACCUGCCCCACCUGUGUCCAGGGGGCCUGUGAUGCUGUGACCGGGGAGUGUGUCUGCACCGUCGGCUACUGGGGGCCCAGCUGCAACACUUCAUGUCCAUCUGGCUUCCAUGGAAACAACUGCUCUGUUCCCUGCGAAUGUCCAGAGGGAAUCUGCGACCCUGUCUCUGGGGCCUGCCAGCUGGGAUCUCAUAGUCAGGACGCCGCCCUCAUCGCGGGCAUCCUCGUACCUCUGCUGCUGCUCCUCCUGGCCAUCUCCUGCUGUGCCUGCUGCUGCUGGGCUGCCCGGCUGGACCCCAAGGACAGGCCAGUGAGGGAUGGAACCGCCGUGUCCAGGAUGAAGCUGCAGGUCUGGGGGGCCCUGACCUCCAGCCUGGGCUCUGCGCUGCCCUGCGGUACCCUAGGCAGCCACAAGCUUCCCUGGGUGACAGUCUCGCACCACGACCCGGAGAUCCCCUUCAACCACAGCUUCAUCGAGCCGCCCUCCGCCGGCUGGGCUUCAGAUGACUCCUUUUCUUCCGAUUCUGAGUCUGGAGAAGAGGACGAGGGUCCUGCCUACUGCGUGCCACCCCAAGAAGGGAUGGUCCCUGUGGCCCCAGCGGAAUCCUCAGAGGCCAGCCUGGCUGGAGGUCCCUUCCCUCCCCCCGAGGAUGCCUCCACGCCGUUUGCCAUCCCGCGCACUUCCAGCCUCGCUAGGGCCAAGCGGCCAUCAGUCUCCUUUGCUGAAGGCACCAAGUUUGCACCACAGAGUCGCCGAGGUUCCGGGGAACUCUCCAGCCCGCUCCGAAAGCCCAAGAGGCUCUCCCGGGGGACCCAGCCAGGUCCCGAAAGCCAGGAGACUGAGGAGUCCACAGGCCCACAAGUGGAAACAGAUGGGGCCCCUCCUGGUACUGCCAGCCCCAGGGAUUCAGCUGUUGGUCGCCGCCGGCUCCCACUUGGUGGCCGGACAGUGGCUGAGCGUGUGGAAGCCAUCGAGGGCAGCGUCCAGGAAAGCUCAGGCUCGGUCACCACGAUCUACAUGUUGGCAGGGACACCCCGGGGACCUGAGGGCCCUGUCCGAUCUGUCCUCCGCCGUUUUGGUAGCUUCCAGAAAGGCCAGGCAGAACCCAAGGUCAAGAGUGCCAUCCCCAAACCUCCACGUCGGGCCCUAAGUCGGAACAAGGGCAGCCCCAGGCUGGACCCUGGCUCUGCCAAUCAGAGCCCCAGCUCAGCCAUGAAGGAGGAACUGACUGGGGCCUUGGAGUCUGCAGGGACUGGGUCAGAGGAAGGGGCCAGGGGCCUGGGGGGUGGCAUCAAGAGCUCAGGGGGUGGCCAGGAGCUGGCCCCUGAGGAUGGUUCCCUAGUACAGGAUCCCCAGAAGGUGGCUGAUGAGGAAGGGCAGGAGGAGCCCCAGUAUGAAAAUGUUGUACCCAUCUCUGGGCCACCGGAACCUUGA